CUCUCUGAGUUCUCCUGUCGCAACCCGGGGCGGGGGGGGUCUGGGGGUCAAUCCGCCUUGUGGGGCGGGGGAGACGCUCCGAGAACAUCCUGUAGGCUCGUGCCCCGCGGGUCCCCCCCCCCCCCGCCCCCGGCCGGUUUCCCUACUGCUCCCCCAGAGGGGUGGGUUGACUUCAGCCCCUCUCGCACGGGAGGGGUGGUUUCGCUGUGCAGGCGCCUAGUUUUCACCACCCGAUCAGAGUUUCUGUCCGUUUGGGGCCUGUGGAAAUAACUUCAGUAAUAAAAAUGUCAGCACCAUCAAUGGAGGAAAGGAAGGCUUGCUGGGGAGCCAGGGAUGAAUACUGGAAAUGCUUAGAUGAAAAUAUGGAAGAUGCAUCUAGGUGCCAGAAGCUUAGAUGUUCUUUUGAAUCUAGGUGUCCACAACAAUGGGUAAAAUACUUUGACAAAAGAAGAGACUUUUUAAAAUACAAAGAACAGCUUCAAGCAGGAGAAUUUCCUGGAACUACUGAAAAGUCAUAGCUACGCAUCCAUUUAUGAAACACAAUCAAUGAAAGAAUAAUCUUAUGGAAGAGAAGUACUGAAAUGUGACGAGAACUCAGUUAAAAGUAACUGGUAUCUUACACUGUAUCUCUAGAAAUUCAUGCUGCUUUCCUUGUUGCAAUGUCUCGCUUUUGUGUGAGAACAGUAAUUAAACGAAAAAGACUGUCUGUAAGAGUGUAUAUCAAAGAAAUACGGUAUAUAAUUUUUCCUAUACCUGAAUUUUUUAUUGUAUAACUAGGAUGAAAAGCAGUGUUUCCCAGAAAUUAAUGCACUGAAUUAUAAAUUUAUAUUUUCGGGAGAAUAUUAAACUGUUUUCAAACUUGAAAAGUUUUUCUAUGCACGUGAACUAACUUUUCUAAAAAGCUCCUGCAUCUUCCCCCCUUCUCUAUGAAGAUAAUAUGUCAGUGUAAGUGAGCAGGUACACUCUAUGCUAUGUCUUUGAAAAUUUUGUGAAUCAUAAAUUAAUUUCUGCUGUCUUAUUGUAUGGCCAGGUUAUAGAUAAAGAUCAAGAGGUAUAAAUAACCACUGCAUCUCAUUUCUUAUGUAGCUGGUCUUCAUUUAUGGAUUUUUAUAAACAUCUGCACAAUUAUAGUUGAGAUUCUUAUGCCACUAAUGUAGGUGAACAGUCUCAGUUAUUAAGUAUGUCACCAACAUAUUUGAAAAAUAUAAUGCUACAGGUAUGAUUUCUU